UAAUAAUAAUAAUUAAAAAAAAGUCUUCUGUCACCAAUAGUGUGGUAGAAGGGACGUCUUCCCUAUUUGUUAUCAGAGAUGUGGCGCAACCGCAGCGGCUGACUUGAUAACACCCGGAAGAAACCAGCCGGAAACGAUCUGACAUACGGAAAUUCUAAAGUCACCCGUACAUAUCACAGUCACAGUCACAGUCACAGUAGCCUCUGCGAUUUUCUCAGGUCACCGGAUUAUCAGCCCGUGUUCCCAGCCGAUGGCUGAAGCAGGGUGUAGUAAUGAGCGAUUGACUAAUGGUGAAUUGAAUGAGAAGGAAAAAGAAUUGGAUGAUGGGACUGAAGAAAAGAAGGAAUUUGUUGCUCCUGCGGUUGGGAUGGAGUUUGAGUCUUAUGAUGAUGCUUACAAUUAUUACAACUGUUAUGCCAAGGAAGUGGGUUUUCGUGUUAGGGUGAAGAACUCAUGGUUCAAGCGGAAUAGUCGGGAGAAAUAUGGCGCAGUGCUUUGUUGCAGUAGUCAGGGUUUUAAAAGAAUUAAAGAUGUUAAUCGUUUAAGAAAGGAAACAAGAACUGGUUGUCCUGCAAUGGUAAGGAUGAGGUUGGCGGACUCCAAGAGGUGGAGGGUGUUAGAGGUCAUGCUUGAACACAACCACUCGUUAGGGGCUAAGAUAUACAGACCUGUUAAGAAGGUGAGUACUGGAAACAAAAGGAAGUCCCUUUCAAGUUCAGAUGCUGAGGGACGUACCAUUAAGUUGUAUCGAGCACUUGUCAUAGAUUCAGAAGGUAAUGGGAACUCAAGUCUGAAUGCAAGAGAUGUUAUGAAUUUUUCUGAACUUCCUGAUCAACUGAACCUUAAAAGGGGUGAUGCACAGGCUAUUUAUAACUACUUUUGUCGGAUGCAGUUGACGAAUCCAAACUUCUUUUAUUUGAUGGAUCUCAAUGAUGAGGGGCAUCUGAGAAAUGUGUUUUGGGUUGAUGCUAGGUCAAGGGCUUCUUGUGGUUACUUUGGUGAUGUUGUUUAUAUUGACAACACGUAUUUGUCAAGUAAAUUUGAGAUCCCACUGGUGGCAUUUGUUGGAACGAAUCACCAUAGCCAGUCUGUUUUACUGGGCUGCGGCCUACUUGCAGGCGAGACAACUGAAUCUUAUAUUUGGUUGUUCAAGGCAUGGAUUACAUGCAUGUCAGGUUGCAGUCCACAAACUAUUAUUACGGACAGGUGUAGAACUUUGCAAACCGCAAUAGCAGAGGCGUUUCCAAGAGCUCAUCAUUGUUUUGGAUUGUCGCAUAUCAUGAAAAGAGUACCAGAAAAACUGGGAGGAUUGCGCCACUAUGAUGCUAUAAAAAAAGCGUUUAUGAAAGCAGUUUAUGAAACUUUGAAAGUGAUUGAAUUUGAAGUAGCAUGGGGAUUUAUGGUCCAGCGAUUUGGAGUUGGUGAUCAUAAAUGGCUUCAGUCAUUAUAUGAAGAUCGUGUUCGGUGGGCUCCUGUUUAUUUAAAAGACACAGUUUUUGCUGGAAUGUCCGCUGCACGGCCAGGUGAGAACCUAAAUCCAUUUUUUGAGAGAUACGUGCAUAAACAAACUCCUUUAAAAGAAUUUCUGGACAAGUAUGAACUAGCAUUACAAAAAAAGCACAAGGAAGAAACUAUUGCAGAUAUUGAGUCCAGAAGCGUAGGCCCCGCUUUGAAAACCAGAUGUUCAUUUGAGUUGCAGCUGUCGAAGUUGUACAGCAAGGAAAUAUUCAAGAAGUUCCAAUUUGAGGUGGAAGAAAUGUAUUCUUGUUUUAGCACCACACAGAUACACGUUGACGGGCCAAUCAUUAUAUUUUUGGUCAAAGAGCGUGUCCUGGGUGAGAGUAAUAGGAGGGAAAUUAGAGACUUUGAGGUUUUAUACAACAGAAGUGCAGGAGAGGUUCGUUGCAUCUGCAGUUGCUUCAACUUCUAUGGGUACUUAUGCCGCCAUGCAUUGUGUGUGCUUAACUUCAAUGGAGUAGAGGAGAUCCCAUGUAAGUAUAUACUGCCACGAUGGAAAAAGGAUUACAAGCGCUUGUAUAUUCCAGACCAUAGUUCCAAUGAUGUUGAUUCUACCGAUCAUAUGCAAUGGUUUAAUCAAUUGUAUAGAAGUGCUUUACAAGUUGUGGAGGAAGGGGUGAUUUCUCUUGAACAUUACAGUGUCGCACUAGAAGCUUUUGAAGAGUCGCAAAAUAGGGUUCGUGAGGUAGAAGAAAAGCAAGCAUAAUCCCGCCAUGGGAAGCUGCUGCAAAUUCUCUGUAAAUAUAAUUGUAGUCUUGUAGGGCUGUGGUAGGGUGGCAAGAUUGAACUGUUGGACUUGCAAUUGCAAGACUAGGGAUUCUGAGUUGGAUGAGCAUCUCUUUAUACAAAAACAAUAAGAGGAGCAGAGUCUCCAAAUUCUUGUUGCCAUUAUCUUACUGCAUUGGAACCAUAGGGUAGCUAGGUGAUGGCUGAUUAAAUAAUUUCAGUCUUCUAUGAUUUUCCUCCCUCUCCCUUUUGCUGAGGGUUGGCUUGUACCUGUUAUUUUGUAGAGUGUAAAAUACACAAUAUCUUCAUCUCC